GACGCCUGCGCGUUGUUGAAGACGGACGCGGACCGGGGCCUCGACGACGGCGACGUGGCGUCGCGGCGCCUGGCGUACGGCCCCAACGAGCUCGCGGAGGAGGAGGAGGAGGGGGCCUGCCGCAAGUUCCUGGAGCAGCUCAAGGAGCCCCUCAUCCUGCUCCUCUUCGGCAGCGCCGUCGUGUCGAGCCUCCUGGGCCAGUACGACGACGCGAUCUCCAUCGCCGUCGCCGUGCUCAUCGUCACCUUGGUCGCGUACGUGCAGGAGGCCAAGAGCGAGCGGACGCUCAAGGCGCUGGCGUCGCUCGUGCCGCCGCGCGCGCUCGCCGUGCGCGGCGGGCGGCCCGCCGCGGACGUCGCGGCCGCGGACCUCGUGCCCGGCGACGUCGUCGUCGUCGCCGCGGGCGACCGCGUCCCCGCGGACGUGCGCCUCGUCGAGGCCGUGGAGCUGCUCGUGGACGAGUCGUCGCUCACGGGCGAGUCGGAGCCCGUCGACAAGGUCGCGGACGCGAGCGACGGCGCCGCGGCCGCGGCGCCGGGGUCCGCGCCCGUCACCGACUGCCGGACGCUCCUCUUCGCGGGCACGUUCGUGCGCUACGGCCGGGGCCGGGGCGUCGUCGCCUGCACGGGGUCGCGGACGGAGUUCGGCAUCGCGGCCCAGGAGCUCAAGGACCUCGAGCCGGGGCGGACGCCGCUCCAGCAGGGCAUGGACAAUUUGGGGAAGAAGCUGAGCGCGGCGUCGAUCGCCGUCAUCGUCGUCAUCGGCCUCGUGGGCGUGCUCCGGGGCGAGCCCAUCCUCGACGUCUUCACGGUCGGCGUGUCCCUGGCGGUCGCGGCGAUCCCCGAGGGCCUGCCGAUCUGCGUCGCCGUGACGCUCGCGCUCGGCGUCAUGCGCGUCGCGCGCCACAAGGCCGUCGUCAAGCGGCUGCCCGCCGUCGAGGCGCUGGGCUGCGCGCUGGGCUGCACGGACGUGCUCUGCUGCGACAAGACGGGCACGCUGACGAAGAACGAGAUGGUCAUGACGGAGGCGCGCUGCGGCGCGUGGCUCCUGCGGCGCGGGCCGCGGGGCGGCUGGGAGUGCUCCGUCGACGUGCCCGCGGGCGGCGACCGCGAGUGGCUCGCGCUCGACGGCGAGGACGCGCUCCUGCCCCAGCCCGUGCUCGCGGCGCUCGACGCGUCGUCGCUCUGCUCCAACGCGGAGCUCGACGCGGGCCAGCCGACGGAGGUCGCGCUGCUGCGGGCCGCGCGCGAGCUCGGCGUCGCGGACCGGCGGCGGUCGACGACGCGCGUGUCCGAGGUCGCGUUCUCCUCGGAGCGGAAGCGCAUGGAGGUGCGCGUCGCCGAGAGGGACGGCGCCGUCGGCACCUACGUCAAGGGCGCCCUCGAGGCGCUGACCUUCGACGCGGACCCGCGGUGGCACCGCGAGGCGUCGACGAUGGCGUCGCGCGGGCUGCGGGUCCUGGCCGUGCUCAAGUCCGACGACAAAGGCACGCGGCUCCUGGGGCUGCUGGGCAUCAGCGACCCGCCGCGGCCGUCGGCGCGCGAGGCCGUGGUGCGCCUCGCGGAGCGGGGCACGCGGACGAUCAUGCUCACGGGCGACGGCCGCGAGACCGCCGUCGCCGUCGCGCGCGCGCUCGCGGCGGGCGGCGACGGCGCGGACGCCGCGCCGCCGGGCGGCGCGGUCGUCUGCGGGUCGCGGCGCGACCGCGACGACCACGCGGCCGCGGUGCUGCGGCGCGUCGCCGUGCUCUACCGCGUGUCGCCGCGCCACAAGCUCGACGUCGUCCGCGUGCUGCGGCGCGCGGGCUGCGUCGUCGCCAUGACGGGCGACGGCGUCAACGACGCGCCCGCGCUCAAGGCCGCGGACGUCGGCAUCGCCAUGGGCGUCGCGGGCACGGACGUCGCCAAGGAGGCCGCGGACGUCGUCCUCGCCAACGACGAGCUGCUCUGCAUCCUCCACGCCGUCGACGAGGGCAAGGCCAUCUUCCACAACAUCCGCAACUUCCUCACGUUCCAGCUCUCGACGUCGCUCGCCGCGCUCGGCAUCGUCGCGGGCGCGAAGCUCCUGGGCCUGCCCCAGCCUCUCAACCCCAUGCAGGUGCUCUGGAUCAACAUCAUCAUGGACGGGCCCCCGGCGCAGUCGCUCGGCGUCGAGCCCUGCGACGAGGCCGUGCGGCGCCAGCCGCCGCGGAAGCGCGACGAGCCGACGAUCACCGACGCCAUGGUCUUUCGCGUCCUGUCGUCCGCGGCGCUCGUCGCCGCGGGCACGCUCGCCGUCUUCUCCGCCGAGCUCGCGAAGGACGGCACCGGCGAGGGCUCGACGAAGCACGACACGACGAUGACGUUCACCGUCUUCGUGCUCUUCGACAUGGUCAACGCGCUCACGUGCCGGUCCCAGACGAACCUGGUGGGCUCCGCCAAGCUCCCGGUCUGCGCGAACGCGGCCUUCGGCGUCGCCAUCUCCGCGUGCGUGCUCGGCCAGCUCCUCGUCGUCUACUGCCCGCCGCUCCAGCGCGUCUUCGGCACGGAGGCGCUCUCGGGGCGCGACGUCCUCGUCUGCGCCGCCGUCGCGUCGUCGGUC